AUGGGCGUGACAGAGCCCGAGGCGACCUUCAGCGCCUGCUACGGCGGCGCGUUCCUGGUGUGGCACCCCAUGAAGUACGCCGCCAUGCUAGCCGAGCGCAUGUCGAAGCACGGCACCAAGGCGUGGCUCGUCAACACCGGCUGGACGGGCGGGAGCUACGGCGUGGGCCGGCGCAUGAGCCUGAAGCACACGCGCGUCAUCAUCGACGCCAUCCAUGCGGGAGAGCUCGAGGACGUGGAUUACGAAACGCUGCCCCUCUUCGGCCUCAAGGUGCCCGCCAGCUGCCACGGCCUGCCCCACGAGGAGCUGCAGCCCCACGAGGCGUGGGGCGACGACGAGGCGUACGCGGGCACGCUCACCCACCUGGCGCGCCUGUUUGUGGACUCCUUCAAGCAGUACCUGAAGGACGCGGACGAGCACGUGGGCGCUGACAUGGCGCAGCUCAUCCUCACAGGGGGCCCCUCACUGGCAGAGCUGGAAGAGGCCGAGGCCAAGUAUGCCAAGAUGGGGGACGCCUACAAGCCGCCGAUGACGCCCAGGCGCCGUCCCGCCAAGGGCGCCCGCGGCGCCGCCCACCACGCGCCGGCCGCGCCGCAGGCCGUCGCGCCCGGUGGCGGCUCGAACGGCCAGCUCGCUGAGUGA